AUGCAUCUAUCCACUCUUUCUGUUACAACUAAUACUGGAUGUGCAUGCACAUUUAAGAUAAGGUACUUACUCAAUUUGUUUUUUAUAUUUCCUGUAGGUCAGUGGGGUCGAUGUAUUAGUGAAGAGUGUGGACCAAAUGGAGUACAGAGUAGAACAGUGUGGUGUGUCCAUAUUGAAGGCUGGACUACACACCAUUCCUAUUGUAAGUAUGAAGAGAGACCAGCAAUUCAAAGGGACUGUUUCAAAGUGUGUGACUGGCACCAAGAGAUUUUUGAGUGGGAUUUCUCAAAAUGGGGAGAUUGUGUACUUCGUACAUCUUCAAAUAAAGUUAAACCAAGGACCUCCACUUGUGUCACUGCACAACAAGGGCUGCAGCAUAGGAAAGUACACUGCGUACGAAAAUCCAACAGAUCUCUGGUAUUAGACGAGAUCUGUGAAUUCUUUACACCUAAGCCUGCUUCGGACCAAGCCUGCCUCAUUCCCUGCCCACAGGACUGUGUAGUAUCGGAAUUCUCAACCUGGUCAGCUUGUAGCAAAGGCUGUGGGAAAGGAUUACAACAUCGGGUUCGUUCAGUAUUAUCACCACCAUUAUAUGGUGGUAAAAGCUGCCCAUCUCUAACAGAAACUAAGGGCUGUGAUAUACAAGUCUCCUGUCUGGUUGGGGAGGAUGAGUUUCAGUACAGUUUAAAAGUAGGUCCUUGGAGUGACUGCAGACUACCACACCAAAGACAAGUCUGGCAAAGUGGUAAACCAGGACUGAACUUCAGUUUACAGCCUUCUGAAAAGAAUCCUAUGAAGCUCCUGAUCCAUGAACAUUUCAAGCCAUGGGAUGUAAAGAUAGGAUAUCAAACGAGGCAUGUCCGUUGUACAAGAAAUGAUGGAAAAAAUGCAAUGCUUAGCCUUUGUACCCAUGACAAUACCCCCACGAUCUUUCAGUCAUGUGUUAUGCCCAGAGAUUGUGGAGUUUCUGAAUGGUCUGAAUGGAGUUCAUGCUCUAAAACUUGCCAAUUGCCUGGCAUGUCUCCUGGGUACAGAAGCAGGAAUCGAUUUAUAAGGCAUACGGCAGUAGGGGGUGGCAGAGAUUGUCCUGCUCUCGAGGAAAAAGCGACUUGCAAUAUUGGAGGCGAAGGAUUAUCAGAAUGUCCAAAGUAUGUUUGGAAAACCACGGAUUGGAAUGAGUGCCAGGUGACUCCUCUACUCAGUCAGCAGGACCGACGCCGAAGCAAUCAGUCAAUCUUGUGUGGAGGUGGAAUUCAGAUGCGCGAAGUUUACUGUGCACAGAAAACAGGAGAAGUUAACAAACAGGAUUUAAAAGAAGUGUCUAGACCAGUGGACCACAGCCUGUGUACAGAACCACCACCAGUUACUUCACAGCUUUGCAACAUUGCCUGUCCAGUGGAAUGCUUAGUUUCAGCCUGGUCUUCAUGGAGACCCUGCAUGCCGGAGAACUGUGAAGAUCCUCAAAAAAAUAGAGGGUUCAAGGUGAGAAGGCGCCAUGUGGUUGGAGAGCCCACUGCCAGUGCUGGAAAAUGUCCGCAUCUUAUUGAAGCCAUUCUUUGUGAGGACCCAGUUUGCUAUCAUUGGGAUCUUCUUGAAGAGGGCCUUUGCAUGGCAGAAAAUAAUCGAACAUGUGGGCAAGGUUUUUACAACCAAAGGAUUUUGUGUAAGAAUAAUCAAGGUGAGGUAGUAUCUGAUGAGCUGUGCAAGGAGUCCUCUCUUCAUAGUCGCAGCACAUGUGAGGUGCCUUGUCCUACUGACUGUGUUCUCAGUGAAUGGUCUGAAUGGUCAGUCUGCUCACGCUCCUGCUCCAGCAAAAACGCAGAAGGCAAGCAGAGCAGAACCAGGUCUAUUAUAGCAAUAUCUGGAGAAGGUGGAAAGCCAUGCCCUUCUAGCCAAGCUUUGCAAGAAUGGCGAUCUUGCAAUGAUCAUGGCUGCACAGUGUUUUACUGGAAUGUGUCACCCUGGGGUCCUUGCACUGAAGACACAUUAGUGACAGCCCUCAAUGCGACAGUCAGUUGGAAUGGUGAAGCUACCUGUUCUGUGGGCGUCCAGAUUCGACAGGUCCACUGCAUAAGGAAUAAAUUUGGACAUGUUCCUCCAAAAAGGUGUCCUGAAAAUUCCUGGCCUGAAACUUUUCAGCCAUGCCUUUUGCCAUGUAAAAAGGAUUGCAUUGUCACCCCUUUCAGUGAAUGGACAUCUUGCCCCACCACAUGUCAGCAAGGCAAUUCUUCUACUGCUAAACAGUCUCGCUACAGAAUUAUCAUCCAGAAGCCUGACAAUGGAGGACAGGAGUGUCCAGAUACUCUGUAUGAAGAAAGGGAAUGUGAAACACUUUCUGUUUGUCCUGUCUAUAGGUGGAAGACGCACAAAUGGCAUCACUGUAUUUUGGCACCUGAUUAUGUCAGACAGGGAACGAUUGGAGCGGCAGAGGCCUGUGGUUCUGGUUUACAAUCCAGGGGUGUGAUGUGUAAAACAGGUGAUGACCAGCACGUAGAUAUUAUUGGAUGCUUGAAGUGGGCAGGUCCAAUGCCUCCCCUGGUCCAGAAGUGUCGGGUCCCGUGCCGCGAUGAUUGCAUGUUGACAAACUGGUCCAAGUUCAGCCCCUGUACAGCAGGCUGUGGAUCAACCCAUAGUCGACGAAGAUCCCUUGUAGGAAAAAGCAAGAAAAAGGAGAUUUGCCAGAAGCACCCACUUGUCGAGACCAAGCCUUGCCCAUGUGACAAAUAUAUCAGUCAGCCAUUGGGGAAUUGGUCAGAUUGUAUUCUUCCUGAAGACAAAGUAUCACUGCAACUUGGCAUGAAGGUUCAAGGAGGUAUCAAAGUUUGCGGGCAGGGUGUACGAUAUCAGGCCGUAGCCUGCUAUGAUCGAAACAAGAGGCUGGUGAAUCCUUGGCUUUGUGGCAAUUCUGGGUAUAUUGAAGAGACCUGUGGUGUGCCAUGUCCAUCUGAUUGUAAGCUCAGUGAGUGGUCAAACUGGUCUCCAUGCAGCAAAUCCUGUGGAAGCGGAAUACAGAUCAGAUCCAAGUGGUUGCGGGAAAAGGCAUAUAAUGGUGGUCGUCCAUGCCUUAAACUAGACGUGAAGAAUCAGGCCCAAGUGUAUGACAGAAUUCCCUGUUAUGGAGAUUGUAGUAAAUAUAGUUGGACAGCUGAACCUUGGUCAUUUUGCAGAAUCAACAACAGUGAGUCAAUGCACAGCUGUGGAGAAGGUGUACAGACAAGAAAAGUGAGAUGUGCGCGUAACACAGCUGAUGGACCUGGACAGAUCGUGGAAGAUGCAUUGUGUGAUUUCAGUGAAAAGCCAGUUGGAGACCGUCAGUGUUCCCUCUACUGUCCAGGUGACUGUGUUAUGUCUGACUGGGGCCAAUGGAGUUUAUGUCCAAAAGAAUGUAACAUCUUGAACACUCGUGUCCGAAUUCGAUAUCCGAUACGUCUACCAGUGGAAGGGAAAACCUGCCCUGAAACCUCUGAGGUAGAGCCCUGUAUUCUCAACAAGAACUGCUUUCACUUUUACUACAAUCUAACAGAAUGGAGCUCUUGCCAACUAAAUGAUAAAGCAGUCUGUGGACAAGGACUGAAGAUCCGUUUGCUUGACUGUGUGCAAAGUGAUGGAAAGUCAGUCAGUCUCAAAUACUGUGAGAAGAUGGGAUUGGAUUGGAAUGGACUAGAAUCACCCUGGCAUUUAUCUAUGCACUGCUUUGUAGAAUGCCCUGUAAACUGCCAGCUGUCAGAAUGGUCUUCCUGGUCUGAAUGUUCCCACACUUGUGGACUUGAGGGCCAAAUGAAACGUACUAGGCAUGUGCUACAAAAGACCCAUGGAGAAGGAAGGCCCUGCUCUUCUCACCUAACUCAGUAUCGACCUUGCCUUGUAAAGCCAUGUUAUAGCUGGGUCUUCAGUGAAUGGUCUGCAUGCAAAAUUGAGGGUGCACAGUGUGGAGAUGGAUUUAAAGUGCGCAAUGUGUCUUGUGUUGUUCAUGAUGGGACACUCUCUGAAUCAGCAAAGGUGGUGGAGAAUGAGAUGUGUGACAAUAAAGCAGUUGGAAUAAAUGAUAUUGAGUGGGAACUAAAAAUACCUUGUUCAGUGCCUUGUCCAGGUGACUGUCACCUGACUGAAUGGUCAUCAUGGAGUUCGUGCCAGCUCAUCUGCUUGGAUGGGAAGAGAUUUGAAACGACCGGCCACCAAACCCGUUCCAGGGCUGUGAUAGUUCAGGCACUGGAAAACCAGGAUAAUUGUCCUGAACAGAUAUGGGAAGGGAGGCCUUGUACAGGAGGAACUUGUCAUGAAUAUGAGUGGAGGUCAAGUCCCUGGAAUGGCAAUGAGCGAAGUGUGUGGUGUGUCCGCUCAGAUGGUGUAAACGUGACAGGAGGUUGUUCUCUUCUGAACCAGCCAACUGCCACCAGGCACUGCAAUCCAUCCUGCUCUAAACCAUACUCCUUCUGUACACAGGGAGGUGUGUGUGGCUGUGAAAAAGGUUUCGUGGAAGUAAUGACUCCUUAUGGAUUUCUUGAUUACUGUGCUAAAAUCCCCAUGCCUGAGGAGAAGAAAGCUGAUGUUAAAACCAACGUGGGAAAGAACAAACUGAGCAAUUCAAAAUUCCAGGCUUUUUUUAAAGGAUGGUCCAUUGAUCCUUUUGAUCCAGAUGGUAAGCCAAAGGUCUGGGUUUACGGAAUAUCUGCUGCUGUAGGGGUCCUCAUUAUCUUCAUUACUGUCCUGUCGUAUCUCAUCUGCAAGAAACCAAAACACCAGACACGUCCCACUCCACAACAGAAGCCUCUGACUUUAGCCUAUGAUGGAGAUAUGGACAUGUAAUGGGUUCAGGAGAAGUGACUUCACCUUUGUUCUGUUGAUAUGAAUAGGAUGACAGAAGCCUUAACCUUGUGAGCGCACGAACACAAGUGAAGAAGACAAACCUCAAGAAUGGUUUUGAGAAAUAUCUUAUAGACCGAGAAGAGGGGAGGAUUACUCUCAGAAACUGUAACUGUUUUUAUAUUGAAAUGUGAGUCGGAAAGCCAAACCU